UUGAUGACGGUGAUUAUGCUGUUGUGUUUUGUCACGUGCUUAGAAGUAGGCAGUGACUUCUCGGACCAAUGGGGACGCAAUUCCUGAAGCAGAAGUUGGUCCUCGCGAUCUGAUUGGUCAGGACACGUGUCGCUCGCCCUGCAGGCCCCGCCUCCACCCGGAAGCAGCAGGUCAGGAGACUUGUUUAGUUUGAGGCGCUUUCAGCUGCACUUGGUUCCGUUGCAGAACGUUGACGGGACUCGGUUUUGUUUGGUCUUUUUUCCCCCUCUGUCUCCGGAGCCAUGGACGAGACGAGUCCACUCGUGUCCCCACUGCGCGACUCCGCCGACUUCGGAGCGUUUCCCACCGAGCCGGCGAGUCCCCGGGGCGGAUUUGGCGGCGCGCCGGGCACGGUGAUACGCGUCCCGGCGGGGAGUCCUGGACGCAGCCGGGAGAGGCAGCCGCUGCUGGAGCGAGACCGGGACCGGGGCGGAUCUCCGCGGGACCCGCACCGGAACGAGUUCCCGGAGGAUCCCGAGUUCAGGGAGAUCAUCCGCAAGGCGGAGAGAGCCAUCGAGGAGGGGAUCUACCCCGAGCGGAUCUACCAGGGAUCCAGCGGAAGCUACUUCGUCAAAGACUCACAAGGGAAGAUCAUCGGAGUGUUCAAGCCGAAGAACGAGGAGCCGUACGGUCAGCUGAACCCCAAGUGGACCAAGUGGCUGCAGAAGCUGUGCUGCCCCUGCUGCUUCGGGCGAGACUGCCUCGUCCUCAACCAGGGCUACCUGUCUGAGGCUGGAGCCAGCCUGGUGGACCAGAAACUCGAGCUCAACAUUGUGCCAAGGACCAAGGUGGUGUAUUUGGCAAGUGAGACUUUUAACUACAGUGCCAUAGACAGAGUGAAGUCUCGAGGAAAACGUCUCGCUCUGGAGAAAGUGCCAAAAGUGGGACAGCGCUUCCACAGAAUCGGCCUGCCGCCUAAGGUCGGCUCCUUCCAGCUCUUUGUGGACGGUUAUAAAGAUGCAGACUUCUGGCUGCGGAGGUUUGAGACAGAGCCGUUACCCGAAAACAACAACCGUCAGCUCCAGCUCCAGUUCGAGAGGCUCGUGGUGCUGGAUUACAUCAUCAGGAACACUGAUCGGGGCAACGAUAACUGGCUCAUAAAGUACGACUGUCCCAUGGACACAUCAGGCAACAGGGACAGUGACUGGGUGGUGGUGAAGGACCCCAUCAUUAAAAUAGCAGCCAUUGAUAACGGCCUGGCGUUUCCCCUUAAACACCCAGACUCCUGGAGAGCCUAUCCGUUCUACUGGGCAUGGUUGGCUCAGGCGAAGGUGCCGUUCUCUCAGGAGAUCAAAGAGCUCGUCCUGCCCAAAAUGGCCGACCCCAACUUUAUCAAGGACCUGGAGGAGGACCUGUACGAGCUCUUCAAGAACACUGUGCUGCAGAAAGAUCCAGGUUUUGACAGAGGCCAAUUCCACAAACAGAUCUCAGUAAUGAGAGGACAGAUCCUGAACCUGAUGCAGGCUCUGAAGGACGGUAAAUCUCCCCUGCAGCUGGUCCAGAUGCCCCCCGUGAUCGUGGAGACGGCUCGGGCGCCGCAGCGUGCCAACACCGAGUCCUACACCCAGAGUUUCCAGAGCAGACGCCCGUUUUUCACGUGGUGGUGAUGUGAACGUGCCGAUGGUGGACGCACGGGCGGGGCUAACACUCGAGACAUCCCACUCUUCCUUUAGGAAGGAACUGAGAGAGAGAGAGAGAGAGAGAGAGAGACACGAUGCUGGGAUGAAAGAAAGGCUUUUUUUCUUUUUCCUCCCAGAAUUUAUUUCCUGCUGUUUAAACAGGAAAAUUUACCUUAAUGAAGGUACACUGACCUGCCACACUGUUCACACACACACAUGGCGCCCCCUGGCUGUGCGGAGGACGAACUGCAUGUCCCUAACGACUUGACCUGAACAUGUGCAUCUGACAAACGCCACAAUUUUUUUUUUUUACCUUAUUUUUUGGCAAAAAACCUGCAUCAUUCAGCUUCGCCUGCUCUUUAUUUUACUUUAUAUAACGUCUGUACCGUGCCACAGACUGAGCAUGUGCACAAACACUGGAACACUCCCUGUGUGUGUGUGAGAGAGAGAGAGAGAGAGAGAGAGAGUGUGUGUGUGUGUGUGUGUGUGUGUGUGUGUGUGUGUGUGUGUGUGUGUUAUAAUGAACACUGUAUGAGAAACUGACUGUAUCUAAUGCCAUGUCUGUAUAAUACACAUGUUCUGUAUGUAAUAUAAUUUAGCAACAAAAUAUAAACUAUAACAGGAACCAGGAAA